AUGAUUUUGGGCGAACCGCCGGCCUACGUGGCAUUCUAUCGUCUACUACUGUGUGAAUUCAAUACGGAACUAACGGAAAAGCUGGUCGAGAACGGUUUCAGUCUUAUGGGUACAACGGAUUUCCGGUUCAUGGAAGUUGUUUAUCGGAUUAUGCGUGACUUGUUCAACAUGCGACCAGCUAUCACUCUGAACCAGUUUUUCACGGGUGGGUUUGUCGAGCGUAAAUUGGAGAUGGCGUCUUCUGUGGCCACUCGCGUGGCCACUCNUUCUUAA